CAUAAGAGUAGACGGAGACAUAACGCGCAUAGAAUGGUGGGGGUGGAUUUUUUUCCCAACUUAUGAAUAACAAUUUUUUUAAAUAUACACGAAUGGAGGAGAGUGGGAAAAUUCACGCUGGCGGGAAUGCGUUACACACUAGAUUAGGUUGAAGAGUCACAUUGGGCAUCUUUAGUCAGUGCUUUAGAGGCCACGAAGCAAUUUCUAGGAUAGACGAACGACGACGCUCUCGCGACGCUAAACCGACGCGCUGCGACACACGACAAAAAAAUACACAACACGCAGCCACGCGACUCAGAAAAGUGUGUGCAGUGAAGUGAAGUGCUACUAAAUCUUCAACUACAACCCCUUAUAAAAAGGCCGAUUUCAUGUCAUCUUUAUCGAAGUAAAAAAGAAAUAGCAUGGGAGUGGCAGAGGAUUUCGCUCCCAGCUUCACCCAAAAGCCUCAAUUGAGGCAGGAGGACGAUGGAAACAAACUCAUAUUCGAAUGCCAAUUACUGGCGGCGCCGAAACCGGAAAUCGAAUGGUUUCGGAGCGAUGUUCCUUUAUCCGAAGAUAGUAGAACAAAUUUUAAAAUACAAUCGAUAGGCACCAACAAAUUUUUAGUUGUACUCGAAUUAGAUGAUGUUAUUGAAACCGAUGCCGGCCUUUAUAAGGUCAAAGCGAAAAACACCAUGGGGGAAGUUGCAGCUUCGAUUAAUCUUAACUUCAGCCCCAUGGACGAACCGAAAGAAAAACAAAUAGAUGGACUAGCACCCACUUUUGCAAAGAAACCAGCAAUUCGUCAAGAAGAUGAUGGCAAAAAAUUACUUUUCGAAUGUCGAAUACAGGCAGAUCCCCGUCCAACAGUUAGUUGGUCUCACAAUGGCAACGCUGUAAGCGAAGGUCCACGUCACAAGUUGAGGAUAGAUAAAGAUGGACAUUCAUAUUUUGCGACCCUUGAGAUAAUUGAUGUCACGGUAGAGGAUGCUGGCAAAUACAAGGUGACCGCAAAAAAUGAUUUGGGAGAGAGUAACGCAACAAUCAGCCUGAACUUUGACAGCGAUGAGGCACCAGUGCCCGAAAAGGAGGGCAUCAAGCCAACGUUCACAGAGCGCCCAGUUAUCCGGCAGACCGACGAUGGCUCUACCAUCACCUUCCUGUGUCGCUGCGUCGGAGACCCUAAACCAGAAAUCCAGUGGUACCACGGCAAAGAAGAGCUCACACAGAACAGUCGGUACUCCAUGUCACUAGAUGUAGACGAGAAGAUCUAUUACAUAGCCCGGCUUGAAAUUGUCAAUGUUAAGAGGAAUGAUCGUGGAGAGUACCGCGCAAUAGCGAAGAAUAGAUACGGUCAAGGCAUGGCUACCAUCAACCUUAAUUUUGAGGGUAUCGAAAAACCCAAAAUACCUGACGGAAAAGCGCCAAGAUUCCCGAAAAAACCCACCAUCAGACAAGAGGGAGACGUACUGAUCAUGGAAUGUCUUCUCGAGGCACAUCCGGACCCUGAUAUCACGUGGUUUCAAAGCGAAAAAAGUAUUGCGGACAGCCCGCGUGUUCGCAUGCUCAGAAAAACUACUAGCAAAGACACCUAUCUUCUCACUUUAGAAAUCGCGAAUCCUACUCGAGAAGAUGGCGGGCAUUACAGAUGUAAUGCCUUCAAUGAGUUUGGUGAAAGCAACGCUAAUAUUGCGUUGAACUUCCAAGGUGGUGAUAGUGCUGAUGGUUUUGCGCCUUCUUUCGUAGAAAAGCCCAAAAUCAUACCUAAUGAGAGUGGUACUCUCAUUACUAUGAAAUGUAAAUGCAAAGCUAAACCAAAACCAGACGUUACUUGGUUCCGUGGAACCACUGCUGUCAAAGAAUCUUCCAAGAUCAAAAUUAUGAUUGUUGAUCUCGAAGAAGACAAGUACGAGCUGUCACUCGAAAUCAAGGAUCCUUCGGGUGCAGACGGCGGCACCUACAGGUGCCAUGUAAAGAACGAAUAUGGUGAAAGCAAUGCAAACCUAAACUUAAACAUUGAGGCUGAACCAGAACCGGAAGGAGAAGGACCAACGUUCGUAGAAAAACCAAGAAUAACCUCACACGACGGAGGAAAAUUAGUUGUCAUGGAGUGUAAAGUUCGUGCUAAUCCUAAACCGACAAUUGUUUGGUACCGAGAAGGUAAAGAAGUAACCGAAUCAUCGAAGAUAAAAAUUAGUAUCAAACAAACUGAAGAGGAAGAGGACAUCUACUAUGUCAAACUGGAAUUGAAUGAUCCUGGAACUGAAGACUCAGGCUUAUACAAGUGUAAUAUUAGAAAUACGCUUGGUGAGCUGAAUGCUAAUCUAACUCUAAAUAUUGAAAUUAUACCAGUUAUCAAAGAGAAACCUAAAGUCAUUAAAAUUAUUAAGAAAAAGACAGUUAUCGUGGAAUGUAAAGUUCUCAGUAAAUUUGCACCUGACUGUACAUGGUAUAAAGAAGACGAAGCUGUUAAAGAAGAUACACGACAUAGCGUCCAUGUUGAAAAAUCCAAAGAAGGCGAAUUUACUGUUAAAUUAGAAAUAAACGAAGUCGAAAAAAGAGAUAAGGGUAUGUACAAGCUGGUGGCCAAAAAUGAAAAAGGUGAAGCAGCAUCACAAACUGUUGAAGUGACUGAAUUGCCUCCCGAUGAAAAGCCUAAAGGAGAGAAACCUAAGCUCACCAAAUUGACCAAUAUAAUUACAGAGGAAGGCAAAUCAAUCGACUUCAUCACUUCUCUCAAAAUGGAGGACAAAACUGUCACAAUUACAUGGUACAAAAAUACGACUAUUAUAAAGGAAUCUUCAGAUAUUAAAAUUACUUUUGAUGGUACUGUAACGCGAUUUAGUAUUAGUAAAUGUAAAGUGUCACAUUCCGCUACGUACAAAUGUGUUGCCAAAAAUGAAUUUGGUGAAGACGAAACAAGUGCUACACUAAAAGUGAAAGAAGUAAAAGACGAAGAAGAAGAAGAAGAGGAGGAAGAGGAAGAAGAAUCCGAAGAGAUUAUUGAGGAAGAGAAAAAAGAGAAAAAGAAAGUAGAAAAGAAAGAAGAAAAGAUAGAAGAAAAGAAAGAAGAAAAGAAAGAAGAAAAGAAAGUAGAAAAGAAAGUAGAAAAGAAAGAAGAAAAGAAAGAGGAAAAGAAAGAAACCAAAAUUGAAAAGAAGGUAGAAAAGAAAGAAGAAAAACAAGAAAUCAAAGUUGAAAAUAAGGUAGAAAAGAAAGAAAAAGAUAAGAUAGAAGAAAAGAAAAAAAAUAAAAUAGAAGAAAGGAAAGAUGAAGAAAAACUCAUUAUUAAGAAGGAUGAAGAAAAGAAGAAGGAAGAAAAAAUCGUGGCUAAAAAAGAAGAGGAAAAAGAAAAGGUCGCGAAAAAAUCUACUAGGACAUCUUCUAUCCAACAGAAUGAAGAAGCUAAAUCAGAAUCACGUAGAAGCUCAAUUAUACAAACUGAAGAAAAAGUUGUUAAAGAUGGAAAAACUACUCGAAAAUCUUCCUUCUCGCAAGUUAAUGAGGAGAGUAAGAGUGAGUCCAGGCGUACUUCAAUAGUAGACGAAAAGAAGAAGAUUAUCAAAGACACCAAAAAGCUGGAAUCUACUAAAGAAGCGAAAACACCUGAUAUCCUCCCAACUAAUCACAUUGAAGAUGGUUUUAAACUAAAAGACACCAAAAAAGAAAAGCCAGAAGAGAAAAAACCGGAAGAAAAAUUAGCACCUGGCAAAACUACUACACGCAAAUCUUUAACACCUGAACCAGAAAAAACUAAGCCAGUAGGUGACAAACCUACUUCACGAAAAUCUCUAACCGCCGAAACUAAACCUAAAGAUGAGAUUCAACGAAAAUCCUUAACUACUGAAGCCAAACUUAAAGAUGAGGAUAAACGAAUAUCAUUAACCCCUGAAUCUAAAGCUAAAGACGAGAUUCCACGAAAAUCUUUAACACCUGAGCAAACAAAACCUAAACACGAUACAUUAACACCUAAAACACUAGAACCUGAGAAACCUAAAGAAGAAAAACUUACCCCACAACCCGGACUGACGAAACCACAAUUAAAAACGCCAGAACUUGUUCCAGAACAAAAACGGCCUCCUCUCGAGAAGCCGUUCGAAAGACCCAAAAGGGUAAUUCCACCUAAGGAAGAGGCUAAAAAGGGUUCGUUUUUGAAUAUUCAAUUGAAACCCGUUACGCAAGAGGGUAAAAAGGCAGAUAAAGCCGAAAAGCUUGACGUAGACCUGAAGAAAUCGGCUGUUGAUAAGGAAAAAACAACGGUCAAAAAAUCCGCUAAAAAAGGAGAACAGGAAGAUGUCAAUGCAUGGGAAAAUAUUCCUGAUUAUGAAAGACCUGUUUUGGAAAAAUACGAGAAAGGUGAUUCGUCAGAAUAUACUGGCAGAGAAAAAACGAAAUUAGUAAAGGAAAAACCAAGCCUAGCGUUUGAAGGUAAAGAAAAACGUCCAUCACAGGCCACUCUUUCCGACACACCUAGACCUAGUCUUCCUCAAAUUAAAACACCUGAUGCUCCUAAGAUCGAAGUGAGUAGAGAAAAAACCCCAGAACCCAGAAAGAAAUCACUGGAACCUGGAUCAGGUCCAGGAAGUAGAAGGGGUUCUCUCAUACCACCCGAAGCUAUGGGAAGGCGUGCCAGUCUUAUCAUCUCUGAUGAGGAAAAAAGGAAACUUCGUCCAGGAGAGGUUUUGGAGGAGAAAAAGCGUCGCCGUCCAAGUUCAGACGUACGUCGUCCAAGUGUGGCUGAUUUAGAAGAUCUUAUUAAUAAGCCAUCAACGCCACUGAAACCGUCAGGCCCUAAAGGGGCUGCUCCUCAAAUUGUGGAUGUUCAAGAAAAUUACUCAUCUGUAGAAGAUCAAACCGCUUAUAUGACCAUUCAAGUAGAGGGCGACCCUGCACCAACAUUUAAAUUCUACAAGAAUGUCACCGAAAUUAUUGAAGGUGGUAGAUUCCGCUACGUAACCGAUGGUGAUUCAAAUUUGAUAACCCUUUGUAUAAGAAAAGUAAAGCCUCAAGAUGAAGGUCAAUAUAGAGUCAUUGUUUCGAAUAUUUACGGUGAAGAUUCGGCUGAAAUGACGCUCUUUGUUGCUGGUGCCGGAGGUGUAGAUUUUCGUUCUAUGCUAAUGAAGAGAAAGUAUGCUAAAUGGGACAAAGAUAAGGAAGACCCAGAUUGGGGUGAUCUAAAAGAAACUGAAAAACCAUUACCGGCACUUAAGAAGGUGGAAAAGAAACAAGAAAGCUUCUUAAAACCAUUGGUAGAUCAAUUUGCCAAAGAAGGAAAAGAUAAAAAAGUUGUAUUUGAUGCUGCAUUCUCAAAGACUAAUUGCAAACCUAAGUGGCUCUUCAGGAAAGACGAACUCUUCCCUGGUUCUAAAUAUAAGUUUAAAAAUGAAGGCGACAUUUAUCAACUUAUCAUUAGCAAUCCAAAAGUAGAGGACACAGGAAAAUACACAAUUGAAAUUGGAGGUGUUAGUUCAACUGGAUUCCUGACGGUUGAUGAACCAGAUCCAAGCUACACCUUCACCAAAGCAUUAAAGAAGAAGUAUGACGGUUAUACCAAACAUGAAACUGAACUAGCAUGUACUGUCAGUAGCAACUUAGCUAUAGUAGGUUGGUUUAAAGGAGAUAAGAAACUCGAAGAUGGUGAUAGAUACAGUAUUUCUAAAGAUAUUAACGGAGUUUGUAGACUCACUAUCAAAGAUUGUAGAUUAGAAGACUCUGGUGAUUACUCGUGUAAAUUAGACAAACAACCCGACAAAACUGAGACAAAAGUGAAUAUUAUAGAAUACCCAUACAAAUUCGUAAAAGUACUCAAGCACCAACAGCAUGUAGAAAAAGAGAAUAUAACCUUAGUUUGCGAGCUUAAUGAUGCUUGGGGUGAUGUGCAAUGGUUCAAAAAUGGCGAAGAAAUUAAACCUGAUAAGAGAGUAGUAAUUAGCAAAGAUGGACGUAAACGAAAACUGGUAAUUAAAGAUGCUAAAGUUACAGACGCUGGUAUGUACCAAUGUACAACUAACGCAGAUAAAACAGAAGCAGAAAUUAUUGUUAACUACUUGAACAGGUUUAAUAAGAAACUUAAAAAUACAGUUGGUGUUGAAAGAGAAAAACUAGUUAUUGAUAUUGAAUUGCAAGACUCAACUGCUCCAUGUGAAUGGUUCUUUAACGGGGAACUGAUCGUUCCAUCAGAUAGAAUUGAAAUCAAAAACCUAGGUGGAGGAAAACACCAACUUAUAUUCAAUAACCUAGAUAUGAGAGAUAAUGGUGAAAUAAAAUGCGUCUCCGGAAAACUUGAAUCUGCAAUGCAACUUGAUGUCAAAAAGGGAGAAAGUAAACCUCAAAUUGAUUUUCCCUCUGAAUUUGCUGCACCUAUUAGCAAACCAAUUAUUCUUGAUGUACCAUACAAAAUUGAUGGUACUAGACAAACACCUAUAGAGGCUAAGCUCAUUAAGGACGGCAAAGUACUUCCGCUUAAAGACGUAGAAACCAUAGUAACAGAUGAUAAGGUAAUUUUCAAAAUCAAAAAACCAUCUAGAGAUCAGUCUGGACCCUACCAAAUUAAAUUGUCAAACGGACAAGGAGAAGAUGUUAAAGAUGUUAAGAUUACAAUGCAAGAUGUACCUAGCCCACCCGAGGAUGUUAAUGUAUUUGACAUAUUCCAAGAUAACUGUAAAGUAUCAUGGAAACCACCAAAAGACAACGGUGGAUCUCCUCUCCUACAUUAUAUUGUUGAAAGACAAGAUAUUAGUCUUAAAGCUGGGUGGGAAAAUGUCGGUGAAGUAAAAAUUAACGAACCAACGACAUUUAAGGUAGAAAAAUUAACACCUAAAAAAGAGUAUAGAUUUAGAAUUAGAGCUGUAAAUCAACUAGGUCCUAGUGAAGGGGCAGUCUUUGGUAAACCAGUAUUAGCUAAAGAUCCUUGGGAUGAAGCCUCCAAACCUAAGGACGUUGAAGUUGUUGAUUGGGAUGUUGAUCAUGCAGACAUAACUUGGACAACUCCUGAUAGUGAUGGAGGAGCCCCAAUAACUGGUUAUGUAAUAGAAUUCAAAGAAAAAUUUGCAAAAGAUUGGAAAAAAGGAAUUGAAGUACCCGCUGAUCAACUCAAAGGAACUGUUCCAAACUUGAAAGAAAACAGCACAUAUGAAUUCAGAGUAAGAGCCAUAAACAAAGCUGGCCCUGGUGAACCAAGUGACUCUACUAAACCAAUCAUAGCAAAAUGCAGAUUUGUUAAGCCAUUUAUUAUUGGUAAUGACCUCAACCCCAUAAUUAUCAAGAAGGGACAAAUUGUCAAGUAUGAUAUUAAAUAUGGCGGUGAGCCUGAACCAGAAGUUCAAUGGUUCUUAGAUAAAAAAGAAAUAAAACCUGAUAUGGAGGAAAGAGUAACUAUUGAUAAAUACGAAAAAAAUACAAUUAUAACAGUUCGUAGAUGUACUAGAUCUGACAGCGGUAAAUACCGCUUAGUACUCACCAACAGCUCAGGUACUUGUGAAGGCAUUGCAGAAGUUAUUGUAUUAGACAAACCUACGCCACCUAAAAUUAUAAAUGUAGAAGAAAUUCGUGCAGAUCACGUAACAGUUAACUGGCAAAAACCAGAAGACAUUGGCGGUACUGAUCUAACAGGUUAUAUUCUAGAAAAAAUGGAUAUGGAUACUGGAAGAUGGAUACCGGCAGGUGAAGUAGGAGCGGGUGAUAACAAAUUUACUUUCAAAAAUUUAACUCCUAAGAAGAAAUACAAGUUUAGAGUAAGAGCUAAAAACAAGGAAGGCGAAUCAGAACCUCUCGAAACUGAUUUCAUUCUCGCUAAAAACCCUUACGAUGAACCCGGGGCACCAGGUCAACCAGAAAUAUUCGACUAUGAUAACAAGAGCGCUAGUCUGAAAUGGGCUAAACCUGAUAGCGAUGGAGGUCGUCCUAUAAGUCAUUAUACAGUGGAAAUCAAAGAUAAGUUUGCUGCCGAUUGGACAGAAGUAGCUAAAACAACUGACGAUACUCCAGAAAUUGUUAUACCUGGUUUGAAAGAAAAUAUGGUUUAUCAAUUCCGCGUGAAAGCGCACAAUAAAGCAGGACCUAGUGUACCCUCUGCACCCACGGCAAACCACCUCUGCAAACACAAAAACUUAAAACCAAGGAUAGACCGAGAAACAUUUAAAUCCGUUACCAUCAAAGCUGGCCGUACACACAAAUGGGCAGUUGACUUCAUGGGAGAACCUCCACCGACCGUUAAAUGGGUGUGGAGAGACGACAUUCCAUUAUCAAAUAGCGAACGUAUCAAAAUUGAAAAUUUAGAAUAUCACACAGACUUUACGCUCACUAACGCUGUCCGUAAAGAUUCCGGAAAAUACACGCUUACUGUAGAAAACGUGAACGGCAAGGAUACUGAAACUGUAGAACUAACCGUUUUGGGCAAGCCAUCUGCUCCGGAGGGACCUUUAGUUGUAUCUGAUGUGACUGCAGAGAAGGCUAAGGUUAGCUGGAAAAAACCAGAAGACGAUGGAGGUAGUCCAAUUAAAGAAUAUGAAAUUGAAAAAAUGGAUACAGCAACUGGAAAAUGGAUACGUGUCGGCCGAGUACCUGGAGAUAAACUGUCUCCAGAUGGCAAAGGAGAGUUCGAAGUUACUGGACUUAUUCCCGGCUCCGAAUAUAAAUUUAGGGUAACAGCAGUAAAUGCAGAAGGUGAUUCUGAACCUCUUGUAUCCGAGAAAGCAAUUGUUGCGAAGAAUCCGUUCGAUGAACCCGGUAAACCAGGUACACCAGAAAUCGCAGAUUAUGACAAUAAAGGAGUUAAUCUCAAGUGGACUCCACCUAAGAAUGACGGUGGUGCUCCUAUUGAAAAAUACAUCAUUGAAAAGAAAGACAGAUAUAAACCAGAUUGGGAGAAAGCUACUGAAGUAUCAGGCGAUCAACUAGAGGCUCGUGUUGAAGAUUUGAAAGAAAGGGGCGAAUAUCAAUUCAGAGUUAUUGCUGUAAAUAAAGCUGGCCCUGGCACACCCUCUGAUGCAUCAAAAAUGCAAAUCGUCAAACAUAGAUCACUUAAACCUAGGAUUGACAGGACUAACCUUAAACCUAUUAUUGUCCGCGCUGGUAAACCAAUAAAAUACGAUGUCGACGUUAAAGGUGAACCAGCACCAACGUGUACGUGGUAUCACGUUGACCAAGAAGUGAAAUCUGAAGGAAAUAUUGAAAUUAUCAAUGUUGACUAUAAUACUAAACUUAAUAUUACCAACUCAAUUAGAAAACAUACUGGCGUAUACAAAAUUAAAGCAGUGAACGAACAUGGCUCUGACGAAGCUGAAGUAGAAGUAACGGUACUAUCUUCACCUGGAAAACCAAAGGGUCCAUUGAAGGUAACCGAUGUUACAAAAGGAGGAUGUAAACUUAAAUGGGAAAAACCAGAAGAUGAUGGUGGCAAACCUAUCACUGGCUAUCAAGUCGAGAAAUAUGAUAAACAGACUGGACGUUGGGUUCCUGUUGGUAGAACAACUGAUACUGAAAUGGACGUUAAAGGUCUACAAGAGGGACACGAGUAUGAUUUCCGCGUUAAGGCUAUUAACGAUGAAGGAGAAUCUGAACCACUUGAAACAGAUUCAUCUAUUGUUGCUAAAAAUCCCUACGAUAUUCCUGGUAAACCGGGUACUCCAGAAAUUACUGACUGGGAUGCUGACCGCGUAGAUUUGAAAUGGGAAGCACCUAAAAGCACCGGUGGAGCACCAAUUACUGGAUACGUUAUUGAAAAGAAAGAGAAAUUCUCUACUACUUGGGAUGAAAUUCAUUCUACGGAUGGACCAGCAUGCGACGCUCGCGUACCUGGGCUCAAAGAAGGCAACACAUACCAGUUCCGAGUUAGAGCAGUUAAUAAAGCUGGUCCUGGUGAACCAAGCGAUGCUACAAACCAACAUGUGGCCAAAGCCAGACACUUACGACCACUUAUCAAUCGUGAAAAAUUACAUACUAUCAAAGUUCGAGCUGGACAGCUCGUUAAAUUUGACGUUGAUGUAAAGGGUGAACCCCCACCAGUUUGCACAUGGAGCUUUGCUCAUAAACCACUCGAAAAUGGAGGUAGCAUUAAGAUCGAAAACGAAGAUUACAACACUAAACUUUCUCUAAGUGACACAAAGAGAAAAGACACGGGAACCUACACACUCAAAGCAGAAAAUGAUUCAGGAUUUGAUGAAGCUACCGUUGAAGUUAUCAUCUUAGAUAAACCAGGUAAACCUGAAGGACCACUUGAUGUUACUGAAGUUCACAAAGAAGGAUGUAAACUCAAAUGGGACAAACCCAAAGAUGACGGUGGUUUACCAAUAACUGGCUACGUUAUUGAAAAACAAGAUACUCAAACAGGUCGCUGGGUUCCCGCAGGAUUUGUCGAUGGCGACAAACUUGAUCACCAAAUUACCGGGCUUGAACCUAAUAAAAAAUACAACUUUAGAGUAAAAGCAGUGAACGAAGAAGGCGAAUCAGAACCUCUUGAAACAGAUACUGCCACGCUUGCUAAAAAUCCCUAUGAUAUACCAGCACCUCCUGGCCUGCCAGAAAUUGUUGACUGGGAUGAGAAAUCUGUUAAACUUAAAUGGGACAAACCGGUUAGAGAUGGUGGAUCUCCAAUCUCUGGAUAUAUUAUUGAGGCUAUGGAUAAAUUUGGUGGACAGUUCAUCAAAGUUGCAGAGGUGGGGCCACAAUGUAACGGAACAGUGCCAAGACUCGAGGAAGGAAAUCAAUACAAAUUCCGUGUACGUGCUGUAAAUAAAGCAGGUCCAUCAGAUCCUUCUGAACAAACCAACUGGCAUACAGCUAAACCAAGAUUCUUGAAACCACUUAUCGAUCGGACAAACUUAAAACCAUUGCAAAUAAAAGCAGGGUUGUCUAUUAAUUUAGAUGUUAACAUUCAAGGUGAACCCCCGCCAAAAGUAACAUGGUUAUUUAACGGAACCGAACUUGCGUCUUCAGACGAAUUACGUAUUGAUAAUAUAGAUUAUAAUACCAAACUAUUUGUUCUUAAAAGUAAGAGAGUACAUGCAGGCAAGUAUACGAUUAUUGCAAAAAACGAAGUAGGUGAAGAUCAAGCAGAUAUUGAAAUUUCUGUACUCGGCAAGCCUAAAACACCUAAAGGACCACUUGAAAUAAGUGAUGUCACUAAACAUGGAUGUAAACUCAAAUGGAAAAAACCAGAAGAUGACGGUGGUUCGCCAAUCGAUCACUAUGAAAUUGAAAAACUUGAUCCACUCACUGGUCAAUGGGUACCUUGUGGCAGAAGCACUGAACCAGAAGCCAAUAUUACUGGUUUACAAGAAGGUAAAUCAUAUAAAUUCAGAGUGAAGGCUGUUAACAAAGAAGGAGAGUCAGAGCCUCUCGAAGCUGAAAGGACCAUUAUUGCCAAGAAUCCAUUUGAUGAACCCGGUAAGCCCGGUCGCCCAGAUCUUAAAGAUUGGAGUAAGGACUUCGUAGAGCUUGCAUGGAAUCCGCCAGCUAGUGAUGGAGGUGCACCAAUCCAAAAAUAUAUUAUCCAGAUGCACGAUAAAGCUGGUCGUGGCUGGGUUGAUGCUGGAACUGUCCCUGGAGAGAAAACUAAUGGAAGAAUUGAAACAGUGGAAGAAGGCCACGAAUACGAAUUCCGAAUUGUAGCAGUUAACAAAGCAGGACCUAGUGAGCCAAGUGACCCAUCUAAACCUGUCAUUGCUAAACCACGAUUUUUGGCUCCCAAAAUUGAUCGUAAGAACCUUGGCAAAAAGGUUAUGCGUACAGGACAGUUAUUACGUCUGGAGGCUGACGUUCAAGGUGAACCAGCGCCAGUUGUCGUAUGGACUUUAAAAGAGCAAACGCUUAGGAAUACUGAUAGAAUUAAAAUCGAUAAUGAAGACUACCAUACCAGUUUUGUUAUGAAAAGUGUACAAAGAAGUGAUACUGCCACUUACACUGUCACUGCUAAAAAUGAUUCGGGCGUGGAUACCGUUGAAAUAGAAUUACAAGUAGUAUCCAAGCCAUCCAAACCCAAAGGUCCCCUCAAGGUAUCUGAUGUAUCUGCCGAGGGAUGCAAACUUAAAUGGGAAGCUCCUGAAGACGAUGGCGGUGAACCUAUUACUGGAUACGUUGUUGAACGUAUGGAUGUAGAAAGUGGACGAUGGGUACCAGUAACUACUACAAAAACACCAGAAGCAGACGUUACAGGACUGAAUGAAGGAAAAGAUUACCAAUUCAGAGUUAAAGCCGUUAAUUCGGAAGGUGAAUCUGAACCUCUAGUAACCGAUGUCCCAACUACAGCCAAAAAUCCAUAUACUGAACCCGACUCUCCCGGCAAACCUGAAAUUAAGGAUUGGAACAAAGAUCAUGCUGAUAUUAAAUGGACUCCACCCAAAAAUGAUGGUGGUGCACCUAUUGAGAAAUAUAUUAUAGAAAAGAAAGAUCCAGUUACAGGAAAAUGGCAAAAAGCUCUUGAAGUACCUGGUAACAAAACUGAUGCUAGAGUACCUGAUUUACAAGAAGGCCAAAAAUAUUCAUUCCGCGUUAAAGCAGUUAACAAAGGAGGUGAAAGUAAACCUUCUGUCGCGUCAGACACCAUUACUGCCAAAGACAGAUUUGUGCCACCCAAGAUCGAUCGUACCAACCUUAAAGAUCUCACAAUUAGGGCUGGUCAACAUAUUAGAUUAGAUAUCAAAAUCAGUGGCGAACCUCCACCAACUAAAACAUGGUUCCUCAAUAAAGCUCGCAUUGAAAAUCGCGAUGAUAUUAAUGUAGAUCUUGAAGAUUACAGAACAAAACUUGUAAUCGGAGUUGCUAAACGAGAACACACUGGUACUUUGACAAUAAAAGCUGAAAACGACUCUGGAAAAGACGAAGCUAGCAUCGAAAUCAAAGUUUUGGACAAACCUUCUAAACCUGAAGGACCACUUAAAAUCAGUGAUGUCCACAAGGAAGGUUGUACUCUUAAAUGGAAUCCACCACAAGAUGACGGUGGGGUACCAAUUGAGUACUAUGCUGUAGAGAAAUUAGAUACUGCCACUGGCCGUUGGGUUCCAGCAGGUAGAUCUAAAGAUCCUAAAAUCGAAUUGAACAAUUUAGAACCUGGACAAGAAUAUAAAUUUAGAGUAUCUGCUGUAAACGCAGAAGGCGAAUCAGAACCUUUAGAAGCUGAACACACUAUCGUUGCUAAAAAUCCAUUCGACGAACCUGGAGCUCCUGGUACACCAGAAGUUACAGACUGGGACAAGAACCGUGUAGAUCUAAGAUGGACUCCACCUGCGAAUGAUGGUGGAUCUCCAAUCACUGGAUAUGUUAUUGAAAAGAGAGAAAAAGGAUCACCUAAAUGGAUUAAAGCUAGUGAAACUGGACCACACGAAACAAAGGGAACCGCUGAUAACUUAGAUGAAGGUGUCGAAUAUGAAUUUAGAGUACGUGCUGUUAAUGCUGCUGGUCCUGGCGAGCCAAGUCAAGCAUCAAAAUCUGUUAUUACGAAGCCCAGACGAUUGGCUCCAAAGAUUGAUCGCCGCAACCUACGCAAUCUAACGGUUAAAGAGGGCGAACCAAUCUAUAUUGAUGUUAAAGUCAGUGGGGAACCAGCUCCCGAUGUUUCAUGGUACCAAGAUGGAAAGACUCUCAAUCAAACAUCUCACAAACGUAUUGAUAAUAUCCCUUACAACUCCAAGUUCUUCAACGAUAAACCCGAACGUAAGGACACUGGAGUUUACAAAAUUGUCGCUAUGAACAAGUAUGGACAAGAUCAGGAAGAAAUCGAAAUAACUGUUGUAUCGAAACCAGGACAACCCGAAGGUCCUUUGGAAGUAUCUGAUAUUCACAAGGACAACUGUACAUUAAAAUGGAAGAAACCCAAAGACGAUGGUGGAGAACCCAUUGAGAAUUAUAUUGUUGAGAAAUUCGAUCCUGAAACAGGUAUAUGGUUACCAGUAGGAAAAACUAAUGGUGCUGUACCAGAAAUGAAAGUAGAAGGCCUAACUCCUGGCCAUGAAUAUAAAUUUAGAGUAAAGGCAGCAAACAAAGAAGGUGAAUCAGAACCUCUUGAAACAAUUGGAACAAUUACCGCCAAAGACCCUUACACUACUGCUGGAAGACCAGGUACUCCAGAACCAGAAGAUUGGUCUGCUAAUCAUGUGGAUCUUAAAUGGACCGAGCCGAUAUCGGAUGGUGGUUCACCUAUUACAGGUUACAUUAUUGAAUUGAAAGAUAAAUAUAGUCCUAUUUGGGAAAAGGCUCUGGAAACAACAACCCCUAAGGCAGCUGCUACUAUACCUGGAUUAAUUGAAGGAAAUGAAUAUCAAUUCAGAGUAAUUGCUGUAAACGAAGCUGGUUUAAGUCCUCCAUCAGAAGCCAGCAAAACCUUUAAAGCUAAGCCAAGAUUCUUGGCACCUAAAAUUGACAGACGAUACCUACAUGACGUUACAGUUUCUGCAGGAUCACCACUUAAAUUUGAAGCAAAUAUUAUAGGAGAACCUCCACCAACAGUGGAAUGGCGCUUUAACGGCAACGUUCUCAAAAACGAUAACCGUACAACUAUCGAUAAUGUCGACUAUAAUACGAAAAUGGCUAUUCGUCCAGUUGGUCGCGAUGACUCUGGAGAAUACAAGGUCACAGCUUCUAAUAGCUCAGGCAAAGAUACACACAUAAUCAAUGUUACCGUUACUGGUAUACCCACUCCGCCUCAAGGACCAUUACAAGUAUCCGACGUCAAUAAAAAUGGAUGCAAACUUAAGUGGAAACGACCUAAAGAUGAUGGUGGCACUCCCAUCGAAUACUACCAAGUUGAUAGAAUGGAUCCUGAAACUGGAUGUUGGGUACCAUGUGGAAGAGCUAAUGAACCAAAUUUCGACGUAACAGGGCUGACGCCAGGCCAUGAAUAUAAAUUCAGAGUAGCCGCUGUAAAUUCUGAAGGAGAAUCCAAACCUUUGGAAACUGAAACAACAAUUGUUGCUAAGAAUCCAUUUGAUGAACCUGGUGCUCCUGGUCACCUUCAGGCUACUGACUGGGACAAAGAUCACGUUGAUUUGGCAUGGACUCCACCCAAAGACGAUGGGGGUUCACCCAUAACUGGAUACAUUAUUGAAAAAAAAGAUAAAUUUGGUGAUUGGGAGAAAGCCAUGGAAGUUCCAGGUGAACAACUUAAAAUUACGGUGCCAGAUCUCAUUGAAGGCCAACCUUACCAGUUCCGUGUAAGAGCAGUUAAUGCGGCAGGUCCAGGUGAUGCUAGCAACGAAACACCAACAAUUAUCGCCAAACCACGUAAUUUAGCACCAAAGAUUGACAGAACUAACCUUAUUCCAGUUAAAAUACGUGCUGGACAAAACUUUGGAUUUAACGUUAAAGUAUCUGGUGAACCAAUGCCAACCACAAAAUGGCUGAUCAAGAAUAAAGAACUUAAAACUGGUGAAAAAAUGAAAGUACAACAUGGAGAAUAUAAUACCAAAAUAAAUAUUAAGAAUGCAAGCCGUGCAGAGUCUGGAACUUACACUGUAACAGCAGAAAAUGCAAACGGAAAAGAUAUUGCUGAAGUAGAAGUAAUAGUGUUGGAUGUUCCCAGCCCACCAGGAGGACCACUAAAAGUAUCUGAUGUACAUGCUAAUGGAGCUAAACUUAACUGGAGACCUCCAGCUGAUGACGGUGGUCAACCUAUUGAAAGUUAUAUAGUGGAAAAGAUGGAUGAAGCCACUGGUAGGUGGGUAACCGCCGGCGAAACUGAUGGACCAGAAACAUCUUUAUCUGUUGAUGGCUUAGUCCCUGGUCACAAAUAUAAAUUUAGAGUUAGAGCUGUAAACAGGCAAGGCAAGUCCGAACCAUUACAAACAACUCAAGCUAUUGAAGCUAAAAAUCCAUUUGAUGAACCUGGUAAAACAUCUGCUCCAGAAAUUAUCGAUUAUGACAAAGACUUUGUGGAACUUAAAUGGGACAAACCAGAAAACGAUGGUGGUUCACCAAUUACUGGAUAUGUCAUUGAAAAACGUGACAAGUUCAAUCCCAACUGGGAAAAAUGUGCUGAAGUUGAAGGAGACAUACCCAAAGGAAAAGUUAACGACCUAAUUGAAGGAACACCUUAUGAAUUCAGAAUAAGAGCUGUUAAUAAAGCUGGUCCAGGUGAACCAAGUGCCUCAUCUAAAAUCCAUGUUGCUAGGCCCAAGAAUCUUGCUCCAAAAAUAGACAGGAACUUCUUCGCAGAUCUUAAAAUUAAAGUUGGUGCCACAAUUGAAUAUAAUGUACCUGUUAUUGGAGAACCACCACCGACCAAAGAAUGGAAACACAAAGAAGAUGUUCUGUUUAAUAACGACCGUGUUAAAAUAGUUAACGAAGACUACAAGACAUCUAUUAAAAUAAUUGACGCUAAAAGAUCUGAUAGCGGACCAUAUACAUUAACGAUUAAAAACAGUAAUGGCAGAGAUGAAGCUACGGUAAAAGUCACGGUACUUGAUGUACCUACUCCACCAGAGGGGCCACUUAAAGCAGACAAUAUAACUAAGAGUUCGAUGACUCUCCACUGGAAACCACCUAAAGAUAACGGUGGUUCAGAAAUUAGUCAUUACACAGUUGAAAAACUUGACACAGAGAAUAUGAGAUGGGUACCAUGCGGAGAAGCUAUUGGUACAUCUUUGAGAGUGGAUCAUUUAAGUGACGGUCACGACUAUCAAUUUAGAGUUAAGGCAGUCAAUAAAGAAGGAGAUUCCGCUCCGUUGCAGACUACAGAAAGCAUCACUGCUAAAGAUCCAUUCACAAAGCCAGAUAGGCCUGGAGUUCCACAAGCAACUGAUUGGGAUAAAGAUCAUGUUGACCUUGAAUGGACUCCACCUAAAAAGGACGGAGGUGCACCAAUCACUGAAUACAUAAUUGAAAAGAGACCCAGGCAUGGUAUUUGGGAAAGAGCUUGUGAAGUUCCUGGAAAUACACCCAAAGCGACAGUACCUAAUUUAGUUGAGGGAGAAGAAUACGAAUUCCGAGUAAUUGCUGUAAAUAAGGGAGGCAAUAGUGAUCCAAGUGAAGCUAGUCUCCCAGUUAUUGCUAAACCAAGAUUCCAAGCGCCUACGUUCAACAAGAACCUUCUUGAAGACAUUACAGUAAAGGCAGGCCAGCGGUUUGGUUGGACAAUUCCUAUCGAAGCAUCUCCCAAACCAACAGCUAAAUGGGCUGUUAAUGGCAAAGAAAUUACAGCAGAUACUAGAAUUGAUAUGGCUGUCUAUAAUAAUAAAGUAUCUUUCGAUGUUUCAUCAUCGUUGCGCACAGACGCUGGAAGAUACACUUUAACAUUAACUAAUGACCUUGGCAGCUUUAGUGCUUCUGCCCAAGUGACGGUAAUAGAUAGGCCUAGCCCACCACAACCACCACUAGAUGUCAGUAGUGUUACGAAAGACAGUGCAAGACUUAGCUGGAAACCACCACUCGAUGAUGGUGGCUCUCCCAUCUUACAUUAUAUAGUUGAGAAAAUGGAUGUAUCACGUGGUACUUGGUCCGACGCUGGAAUGGCUACGAUUCCCUCCCACGAUAUUACAAGAUUAAUCCACCGUAAAGAAUACUACUUUAGAGUCAAAGCUGUGAAUGCUGUCGGCGAAUCAGAACCAUUAGAGACUCAGAAGAGCAUAAUUGCUAAAAAUGAAUUUGACGAACCAAGUUCUCCUGGUAAACCAGCGGUUACCGACUGGGAUAAAGAUCACGUUGAUUUGGAAUGGACUCCACCCAAAAGCGACGGAGGCUCUCCAAUUACUGGCUACAUUAUCCAAAAGAAAGAGAAGGGUAGUCCUUAUUGGACAAAUGCCGUUCACGUACCUGCAAGUAAGAAUAAAGCUACAGUACCCGAUUUAACGGAGGGACAAGACUAUGAAUUUAGAGUAAUCGCCACCAAUACUGCUGGACAGAGUGAGCCGUCAGAACCCUCUGAUCUGGUUACAGCAAAAGCUAGAUUCUUGGCUCCUAAAAUCAAAACUCCUCUUAACGAUAUCCGCAUUAAAGCUGGACUUAUUUUGCAUAUUGACAUUGAUUUCAUUGGAGAACCAUGUCCUGAAGUUACAUGGAGUGUAGGAAGCAAAUCAUUGACAGCUGAUGAACGAACAACUGUAACUUCAAUUGGCUAUCAUACAACUAUACAUACUGUAAACGCUAGACGUACUGACAGUGGUUUGUAUCAUAUUUUGCUCAAAAACAGUUCGGGCAUUGAUGAAGGAUCAUUCCAAGUAACAGUUCUAGAUCGUCCAGGACCACCUCAAAGACCAAUUGAAUAUGAGGAAGUAACUGCACAAAGCGUAACAUUAUCAUGGAAAGCACCUAAAGAUAACGGUGGAAGUGAAAUUACGGGAUACGUAAUCGAAAAACGAGACCUAACUCAUGGCGGUGGAUGGGUUCCAGCUGUAAACUACGUUAACCCUAAAUACAACCACGCAAUUGUUCCUAGACUUCUGGAAGGAACUAAAUAUGAAUUCAGAGUCUUUGCCGAAAAUAUGCAGGGACGCUCAGAUCCCCUGGAAACAGAGAGACCUAUUGUUGCCAAAAAUCAAUAUGAUGUACCUGGAAAGCCUGGUAAACCAGAACUUAUAGAUAGUGACAAGGAUCACAUAAAAAUCAAAUGGGCUGCUCCUAUUAGUAACGGCGGUUCUCCUAUUGUUGGUUAUAACAUCGAACGUCGUGACAAGGCCACUGGCAGAUGGAUUCAACUUAACAAGGAACCCAACAAAAAUACUGAAUUCUACGAUGACAGAGUACAAGAAGGUCACCAAUAUGAAUACCGUGUAUCUGCUGUAAAUGCGGCCGGUCCUGGAAAGCCAAGUGAUACUUCAAACGUAUUUGUUGCCAAACCAAUGAAAGAAAAACCAAAAUUAUGGCUCGAUGGUAUUAUUGGGCGUAAAAUAAAAGUCCGCGCAGGUGAACCAAUUAAUAUUAACAUUCCUUUAUCUGGUGCUCCAGCUCCAAAAUGUGAAUGGUCGAAGAACAAAAUUACUGUACCAGAAUCGAACCGAAUAUAUACUGAAACAACCAGUGAAAAUACCAGAUUUCGCGUUGAAGCAUCUAAUAGAGAUGACACUGGCACUUACACUAUUCGAGCUUCAAAUGAAUACGGAACAGAUGAAGCUGAUAUCGAAGUAAUCGUUGUGGACAAACCAGGAACCCCAAGAGGCCCCUUACAAUAUACUGCUACAACUCAAGAUACAAUUUCAUUAUCCUGGAAUCCACCAGACGACGAUGGUGGCGGCGAUCUUACAGGAUAUAUAGUAGAAAUAAGCGAAUUUGGAACGGACAGCUGGCGCCCAUGUCCAGGCUUCUGUCCUAAACCUUCAUUUACUGCUCGCGGACUAACCGAAGGAAAGAAAUAUAUAUUUAGAGUUCGUGCAGAGAAUAUUUAUGGAGUUUCUGAACCAUUAGAAGGCAAGCCUGUGAUUGCAAAAAGUCCAUUCGAUCCUCCUGGUGCGCCAAAUAAACCAGAAAUCACUAACUAUUCUGCAUCUACUUGUUCUCUAAAAUGGAAGCCACCAGCUUCAACCGGUGGAAAACCAAUCACAGGUUAUAAUAUAGAAAAACGCGAAAGGGGUGGCGACUGGGUUAAAGUUAACACAUACCCCACACCAAAUACUCAAUACACCGUUCAAGACUUGCGGGAGGGUAAUAAAUAUGAAUUCCGUGUAGUUGCUGUCAACGAAGCUGGUCCUGGAGAGCCAAGUGAACCAACUGAACCAAUUAUUGCUCAACUACAAAGAUUUAAACCAGAUGCUCCUGAACCACCCAAAGCCGAUCGUAUUACAAAAGACAGUGUUACCUUAUCCUGGAGACCACCUAGAAAUGAUGGUGGAUCUAAAAUCAGAGGUUACAUCCUACAGAAACGUCCAGUGGGCUCUGAUAAUUGGACAGACAUUAACUCAACGCCAAUUAAUGACACAGUCUAUUCAGUACCUAAUUUAAAAGAAGGUGAAACUUAUCAAUUUAGACUGAUUGCAGUUAACGACGUAGGUAAAUCUGAACCCAGCAAACCUAGUAUAAACAUUAAAAUUGAAGAACAACCUAAUAAACCUCGUAUGGAUCUGGGAGGUGUUCGCGAUAUAACAGUUAGAGCUGGUGAAGAUUUCAGUAUUCAUGUGCCAUAUAUUGGUUUUCCAAAACCAACAGCUGCUUGGUUUGCUAACGAUAAACAUCUUGAUGAAUCUGAUUCUAGAGUAUUUCCACAACUUGCAGAUGACUAUGCUAGUAUCAUUGUAAAGAACUCAAAGAGAACAGACAGUGGACAAUAUAGACUUCAACUUAAAAAUCCGUCGGGUUUCGAUACCGCUACUAUUAAUGUAAGAGUAUUGGAUAGACCUGGAAAACCCGAGAACCUGAGAGCUGAUGAAUUCGCAGGAGAUGCACUUACACUUUAUUGGCAGCCUCCUAAAGAUAAUGGCGGUGCCGAAAUUACCAACUAUAUUAUUGAAAAGAAAGAAGCAAAGUCUCAAACUUGGUCUAAAGUCAGUAGCUAUGUUACCGUUCCUUUUGUUAGAAUUCGUAAUCUUACACUUGGAAAAGAAUAUGAUUUUAGAGUCAUUGCAGAAAACCAAUACGGCCAAUCAGAUCCUGCUGUUACUUCUGAACCAAUCAAAGCUAGACAUCCAUUUGAUCCUCCAGGUGCACCUGGUGCACCCAGAGGCAUUGAAACCACUGAAGAUUCUAUUACCAUUACCUGGACUAAACCAAGACAUGAUGGAGGCUCACCAAUUACUGGUUAUGUAGUAGAAAAACGACUUAUAACUGAAGAUAAGUGGACCAAAGCAUCUCAUGCUCAGGUUCCAGAUACCACACUGAAAGUUAUAAAUCUCAUCGAAAAUCACGAAUACGAAUUUAGAGUAGCAGCUAUCAAUGCAGCUGGUCAAGGACCUUGGAGUUCUGCUUCUGAUGCAAUCUGCGCUAGAGCUGCCCCAUCAGCACCAAAGAUCACUUCAGAUUUAAGUAUUCGUGACAUGGUCGUUAUUGCUGGAGAAGAGCUCAAAAUUACAGUUCCAUAUGUUGCAACUCCCAAACCUAAAGCUUCAUGGACUAUUAAUGGAGACGAAGUGAUUUCUGACAACAGAAUCAAAAUGGAUACUACUGAUAUCGCUUCAAUAUUUAUAAAUAAAUCAGCAAAACGUACAGAUACGGGUAGUUACACUAUCAAACUUACAAAUUCAGAAGGUUCAGAUUCUGCAUCUUGCCGAGUUCUUGUGGUAGACAGACCUUUACCACCUCAAGGUCCUCUUGAUGUAUCAGACGUGACGCCCGACAACUGUUCUCUUGCGUGGAGACCACCACUGGACGAUGGUGGUUCUCCUAUUACAAAUUACAUCGUUGAAAAAUUGGAUACAAAUGGCAUUUGGGUAAAAGUUAGCAGUUUUGUAAGAAAUAGUCAUUAUGAUGUAAUGAGUUUAGAGCCAAAUAAGAAAUACAGUUUCAGAAUCAGAGCAGAGAAUCAAUAUGGCGUUAGUGAUCCUCUAGAAAGCACAGAACCAGUCACAGCCAAAUAUCCAUUCACAGUUCCUGAUGCUCCUAGUGCACCACGUGUUACAGAUUGGGAUUCAUCUACAAUCUAUUUAUCUUGGGAAAGACCUAAUAAUGAUGGUGGCUCACGUAUUCAAGGUUAUAAACUUGAAUAUCGUGAUAUAGCCCAUGAUACACACUGGCAAAGUGCUAGCGAUUAUCUCAUUAAAGACACUCAUUUUGACUUAUUCAAUUUGACAAGUGGACACGAAUACGAAUUCCGUGUUCGUGCUAAAAAUGCUGCUGGUUUUAGCAAACCUUCAGCUUCAUCGGCUUCAUUUAAAUUAAAGGGUAAAUACAACGUACCAUCUGCUCCACGCAAUCCAAAUGUGGUUAACGUUGGAAAAGGUUACGUUGACCUUACUUGGGAACCACCAAGUAGCGAUGGCGGCUCUAGAAUUACAGGAUACAUAAUUGAAAAAAGAGAAAUUGGAUCACCACUGUGGACAAAAUGCAAUGAUUACAACGUUACGGAUACCAACUACACUGUCCUCAACCUUAUGGAUAAAUGUGAAUACGAAUUCAGAAUAUAUGCCGUGAAUUCAGCUGGUAAGAGUGAACCAAGCAACUGUACUACUCCGGUUAAAGUUUGUGAAGUUCUUGGAGGCGAGAAACCCGAUUGGAUACGUCGUCUUAAUAAUACAUCUGCUCCUCUUGGUAAAUCAGUUGCGUUGGAAUGUGAAGCUUCUGGCAAACCCGAACCCGCCUUCAGAUGGAUCAAGAACGGACGAGAAAUUAAAAUUGGUGGAAGAUUCAGGACAGAAGUUAAAGGUGGAACUGCCUUCCUGCACAUUUCAGAUUUACUUGGUAUUGAUGAAGGUGAUUACACUUGUGAAGCUAGCAACACUCUAGGAGCUGUUACAACAACGGCACGUCUUAAGAUAGGAACACCACCCAGAAUUGAACGCCUACCUGGCGAUCUAUACUUGGCAGAGAGAGAUAAUACCAAGAUUAAAAUUUACUACUCUGGUGACCAACCUCUGGAUGUUACAUUAUCUAAAAAUGGACAAAACAUUGAUGAUUCCACACAUAUUCGAUUCAGUGUAUUUGAUGACUAUAUCAUUAUAUUUAUUAAAGACAUUAAUAAGAAUGAUGGAGGUAAUUAUAACUUAACAGUUAAAAAUGACAGUGGAAGUGCAUCAGGCAGCUUCACAGUAUACAUUACUGGAUUACCUGGACCACCAAAUGGACCUCUUGAGACUACAGAAAUUACCAAACACACUUGCAGACUAGGCUGGAAACCACCAAGUUACGAUGGAGGGUUGAGAGUUACCCAUUAUAAUGUUGAAAGGAAAGAUGUACUUGGAACACAUUGGAUAACCGUUUCCAGCUCUUGUAAAGACACUAACUUUACCGUUCAAGGCUUAACUGAAGGACAAGAAUAUUUGUUCCGGGUAAUGGCUGUUAAUGACAAUGGCGCAGGUCCACCGCUUGAAGGUAUUAACCCAAUAAAAGCUAGAGCACCAUUUGAUCCACCAGGUCCGCCUGGUGUACCCAAAGUUACCCAAGUUGGUGGCGAUUUCGUCAACCUCGAAUGGACCAAACCCGAAGAAGAUGGAGGAGCUCGUGUUCAAGGUUACUGGAUCGAUAAAUGUGAAAAGGGAAGUUCAACUUGGCAACGUGUUAAUGUUUCCUUAUGUUUACCUACUCAAAUAAAUAUUUCUAAUCUUAUUGAAGGACGGAAAUAUGAAUUUAGAGUGUUUGCUCAAAACAUUGCAGGGAUUUCUGUACCCUCAAGCGCUUCUAAUAGCGUUGAAAUAAAAGAUCCACUGGCUGCUACACCACCAGAAAUUAUUAAACCACUUAAAAACGCCCAAUGUAUUCAAAAUCACAAUGCUAAAUUUGAAUGUACGAUUACUGGAAAUCCUGCUCCUCACAUAACUUGGUACAAAGGAGCUAGAGAGAUUACAAAUGGUUCAAGAUAUCACAUUUACAGCGAAGGAGAAGUACACCAUCUUGUUAUUCAUGAUAUAUUUGGAGAAGAUGCUGAUGAGUAUGUUUGCAGAGCAGUUAAUAAAGCUGGUAUUAAAUCUACUCGGGCUGAAUUACUAAUAAUGACUGCACCAAAAUUGAACAUUCCCCCCCGGUUCCGAGACAGCGCUUACUUCGACAAAGGAGAAAAUGUAAUAAUCAAAAUUCCAUUUACUGGAUACCCGAGACCAAAGAUCAUUUGGGUAAGAGAAGGCGAAGUUAUAGAAUCUGGAGGUCACUACCACGUUGAAGUUAAAGAUAGACAUGCCAUCCUCACCAUCCGCGAUGCUAGUAAAUUGGAUAGUGGUCCAUACAGGAUUACAGCAGAAAAUGAACUUGGUCAAGAUACUGCUAUUAUAAAGAUUCAAAUCGCUGAUCGUCCAGAUCCACCACGCUUCCCUGCUGCUGACAAUAUUGGACACGACUCGCUGGCUCUAACAUGGAAAGCUCCUGUUUGGGAUGGUGGUAGCAACAUCACGAAUUAUCUUGUUGAAAGACGUGAACAUCCAUUAUCCACAUGGAUAAGGGUAGGAAAUACAAGAUUAACUACAAUAGCAGUGAGUGGAUUGACACCAGGUCAUCAAUACGAAUUUAGGGUAUACGCCGAAAAUAUUUAUGGACGCUCUGAUCCAUCAGAUUUAAGCAACCUCAUAACCAUGAAAGAUACAGUGAAAAAACAAGUAGAAAAGAGGAAAUACGAAGUUGACGAAAAUGGCAAGAAGAUUCGUGAAUCUCACAAAGAAGCUGUCAAAGAUUACGAUAAUUACGUAUUUGAUAUUUAUUCAAAAUUCGUUCCACAACCUGUCGAAAUCAAAACCAGAUCUGUUUAUGACGAUUACGAUAUCCUGGAAGAAAUAGGUACCGGUGCAUUUGGUGUGGUUCAUCGAUGUCGUGAAAGAAAGACAGGUAACAUUUUCGCUGCUAAAUUCAUUCCAGUAUCUCAUGCAAUGGAAAAAGAACUCAUUAGAAAAGAAAUAGACAUUAUGAACCAAUUACAUCAUCCUAAACUCAUUAAUCUACAUGAUGCAUUCGAGGAUGAUGACGAAAUGGUCUUAAUAUAUGAAUUCUUGUCUGGUGGCGAACUAUUCGAAAGAAUAACAGCGGAAGGUUAUCAAAUGUCUGAAGCUGAAGUUAUCAAUUACAUGAGACAAAUUUGCGAAGGUAUCAAACACAUGCAUGAAAGAAAUAUAAUUCACCUGGAUAUCAAACCUGAGAAUAUUAUGUGUCAAACACGCAAGAGCACGAAUAUCAAACUUAUUGACUUUGGAUUAGCUACCAAACUUGAUCCUAAUGAAAUCGUUAAGAUAUCUACUGGUACUGCAGAAUUCGCAGCACCAGAAAUUGUUGAAAGAGAACCGGUUGGAUUUUAUACAGAUAUGUGGGCCGUUGGUGUAUUAGGUUAUGUAUUGUUAAGUGGACUGUCACCGUUUGCAGGUGAAAAUGAUAUAGAAACAUUAAAGAAUGUUAAAGCUUGCGACUGGGACUUUGACGAAGAAGCAUUUUCAAGUGUUUCUGAAGAAGGCAAAGAUUUUAUUAGAAGAUUAUUGCUUAAAAACAAAGAGAAACGUAUGACUGCUCAAGAAUGUUUGAUACAUGCAUGGCUUAGUGGUGAUCACAGUGAUAAAACUCAAGUUAUUGACCAAUCCAAAUACCUACGUAUGCGUGAUAAAAUUCGGGCUAAAUAUGAAGAAUGGGAUUCAUUCGCGCUACCAAUUGGGCGCUUAUCAGAAUAUUCAUCGUUGAGAAAAUUAUUAAUAGACAAAUAUAGGAUACACGACGCUUACUUUGACCGAAGACAAGCAGCACCACGAUUCGUUAUCAAACCACAAAGUGCAUUCUGUUACGAAGGACAAAGCGUCAAAUUCUAUUGUAGAGUUAUUGGCGUUGCUGCUCCUACGGUUAGUUGGUAUCACAAUAAUGUAGAACUAAGACAAAGUGUUAAAUAUAUGAAGAGAUACGCUGGAGAUGACUAUUAUUUCGUCAUAAACAGAGCUAAGUUACAAGACAGGGGAGAGUAUAUUAUUAGGGCUGAAAAUCACUACGGAGCUAGAGAAGAAGUUGUGUUCCUCAAUGUUCAACCUCUUCCUAAAGUUGUACCUGAAUACAAACCUGAAGCACCAGUUGUUCGCAGAAGAGAACCCUUACCAUUUACUUUGUGGAGAGAAGAACAAGAAUGUGCACCCAGUUUUACCUUUUUACUCAGACCUCGUGUUAUGCAAGAACGAGAUACUUGUAAGUUAUUAUGUUGCUUGAGCGGAAAACCGUUCCCAACUGUCAAAUGGUACAAAGACAAACGAGAACUUAGUAAAUAUGAAUACUCUAUGUCACAUUCUGAUGGGGUCAUAACAAUGGAAAUUUCUGGAUGCAAACCAUCAGAUUCCGGCAAAUAUACUUGCGUAGCCACAAAUGAACAUGGUGUAGAUGAAACUUCUUGUGUAGUAAUUGUUGAAGGUGUGACGACUACACCUGAACAAACAGCACUUGCCAACAAAUUAAUGUACUCUGGAGAUAGAAAAUACAUUGAACAACCUAUUAAACCUGCCCCCGCUCAAGUUACCAUCAGACAUCCUUACCCCAAUACCAAUCCAAUCCAACCAAAGUCUAACAACCCAAGCUCGACAAGUCUAGCACCAAAAUCGAAUAACCCAAGUGCAACAAGUUUAGCACGGUCAGGUUCAAAUCUCAGUGUUGGCGAUGGCGACAAGAGAAGUACUAGAAAAUAUGGCAGAUUAGACUCUACUGGAAGCCCAAAUAGAUCUAGAAGCGCUACAAAAGAAUUAGCCCUUCCUGAUGACUCGACAAUGUACGCCCCACAAUUUACAAAAGCUUUAGCAGAUUUGAUAGUAAACGAUGGUGAAAGCCUUACAUUAACAACUCAUGUUAAAGGAGAUCCUGAUCCUCAAAUUAUCUGGACUAAAAACGGCAAAACUUUGAGCUCUUCAGAAGUUGUCGAUCUCAAAUACAAAAAUGGAAUUGCCAGGCUUCAUAUUAAUGAAGUAUAUCCUGAAGAUGAAGGAGAAUACAUUUGUAAGGCAACCAAUUCAAUUGGCACUGCAGACACCAAAUGCAAACUAACAGUCAAACCAAUGGUGAACGCUACAAAUGGAAAGAAAAAGAGUUCUGAAGACAAACCUCCAAGGAUAGUAGAUCAUUUAAAAUCCGCAUUUGUUAAAGACGGAGAACCAGUAACUCUAACCUGUCGUAUAAUAGGAGCAGAAAAAUUCGAUGUAAUCUGGUUACACAACAACAAAGAAAUCAAACCAUCCAAAGACUUCCAAUACACCAAUGAAGCCAACAUUUACAAGUUGAUUAUUGCAGAAAUAUUCCCCGAAGAUGCUGGCGCUUAUACUUGUGAAGCAUUUAACGACUCUGGUGAAAGUUUCAGUAGUUGUACGUUAAAUGUUCUUGUUCCAGGGGAACAACCAAAGAGUCCCGUUUUCAAAACAUUCCCGAUUUCCGCCACGGUAUCUGGAGGUGAAUCGGCAACCUUCGAAGCAGAGACAGAAGACGAUCCGUUACAGAUCAACUGGUUGAAAGAUGGAAAGCCGAUAAAGGAGAGCGCAUCCAAAUACAAUUUUACCGCUGACGGAAAGCGUUAUAUAUUACAAAUUCUAUCUUGCAAUUCCAAUGACAUUGGACAAUACCAAGCGAAGGCGAUUGGAAAGAAAGGAGAAACCUUCGCGGCCUUCUCAUUAAACGUUGUUCCAUCUAGUGAGGUCUAGAUUAUAAAGCUCUGGCCGCACCACAAAACGCUGACUAACGAACGACUUGCUCCAAAAUGUUUAUAUAACAUAGUAUAUGUAAAAAUAAUAUAUUUUUAAGUGUUUUAUAUGAAAAAAUGUUGUUAAUUACCUGAAUUGUACGUGUAUUAUCAUUGGCAUCCUCUAUUUUUAACAUCUCCGCUUUGGUAAGAUGCGUACAAAUUGGUUAAUGCCACAUUCAAAACAAGCGAUUUUUUUUUUCGAUUAAAAGGAGCAAAAUAAUUAUCGAAUUUUUAAUUUAACAGUAUGAAAUGAGAACGUUUAUUUUAACUAGUGUGAAAGAGCUUCAGCCAUUGUUUUCAUCAAACCAUCUUUAUUAAAUAUUUAAGUAUCACUAAACGAACAUAUUGCUUUUACAAUGCCCUAUCAAAAUUGUACCAUAUAAUGUAAACAAGAAAAAUAAAUAUUAUUUUUUAA